AAUGAUCUUCUUGAAGCCAAAGUUCUUCAGCUGCAACUUAAGCGAGAACGUCUUAGGUCUGUUAAUGGUCGCCUCACUGCCUCUUUAGCUAAUAUGGAAAAGUCUUCCGCUGCAGUUACGGCGGCUGCCGCAGCUAUGGCUGGACAAAGCUCAGGGAGCAUUAAUGUGUCUACUCUAACUACCAUCGCUUCCAUUUCCAGUGCUAAUGCUACCACUCUCACAAAUACUUUUGUAGCUUCAUCUAUUGCUUGUGUUUCCACAUCAUGUUCGGGACUGCCCAGCAUUAAUACUCUGACUCCUGUUGGCCUCUCGAUGUCGGCUACGCGCGCCACUCCUCUUUCAACACCUUCCACAGUUGUUCAACAUCAUCGGCAUCUUGCUACCUCUAGCCUGAAAGGUGACAUAAUCAGCUUAACUUUAUCCCCACUUAUGUGGUAG